CAGAAGUUAUUUCUGUUCACGUUCUACUUUUCGGUUAUUUUUAAUAUAAUAUUUUGUAUUUUUAUUCGAGGAUUGUGGACCUGAAACAUUUACUGAUAAAAAAUGGAAAAUUCGAAUCACUUUGAUGAAGAGGGAAAGGAAAACAUGGAUAAUUUCUUUGAGGACAGUCCAAGUGACCUAACUUUUUUACCAAAAGUACAAAAUGGCACAUUUUUUACGAAUACCGAAUAUAAUUUUGAAAACGGAAUCACUUCCCCAACUUCUGGAGAUGUAGCGCCUUAUUUGUUUCCGUCUUUGACGGAUGCAGUGGAGAACGAGUAUUCAGACAUUUUUUACAUCGUCAACCCCACAAAUGGCCAAUUGGAAGAGGCAGGACCAUCAGGUUUGCAGAUUGAGAGGCUUGAGACAAUUGAUGAAGUGACAGAAGCUGGUCCUUCCAAAAAAGCAAAGAAAGAUAUGUCCGCUUUUGAAGAAACUUUCUUCAAAGAAUUCAAAGCGGAAAUCCGAAAAGAAAAAAAAUUACUCCAAGAGGAACACGAAAUGAGGAUGAAACUCUGGGGUCUUGAAAUGGAAAACAGCCAGCAAGAACACACCCUCAAAAUGGAAAUUUUGAAAGAAAAACUCGAGAUGGUCCGACAAGAAAAGGAAACUCUUCAGCGGGAACGAACUGCUAAGUACCUCGGAAAAUUCAGAAGUGGUCCAAUUUAACUUAAUUCUAGACAAUUUUUAUUUAUUUAAAUUAAAUUAAACUCCUAGAUUCGAAUUGUAUUUUUAAUUAAUUUUGAUAAGUUUUUAUGUUUUUGAAUUUUAAGUAGAGCUGGGGAAGAAAAUGUUUGUUAAUACUUUUAAGAUUUUGAUAGGAAAGUUAAA